AACUUGGUCAUGAAGGCCAAAUUGCGCUACUAUAGUCCUAGCGUUAUCACACAUUGGAGAAGUAAACAUCCUACGUUGAAAUGUCACGGUCACCUCGCGACAUCUAUGAGGACUACUUGGGAAGGCGCAAGGGCAUUCUAAGAGCGCUUACACAAGACAUCGACAAGCUUUGGCAAUUAUGUGACCCUCAAAAAGAGAAUUUAUGCCUCUAUGGCUUUCCGGACGGGACUUGGGCGGUGGACCUUCCUGCGGAGGAAGUACCACCUGAGGCGCCCGAGCCGGCUUUGGGCGUCAACUUCGCUCGUGACGGUAUGGAGCGAGCGGCUUGGGUGAGCUUAGUAGCGGUCCACUCAGACAGCUGGCUGCUGGCGCUUGCAUUCUACAAGGGCGCAAGGCUGAACCGGGACGAGAGGGAGGAGCUAUUCUCACUAAUAAACAAGCUCCCGACGUGCUAUGAGGUUGUCUCCGGGCGCGUAAAGCAGACUGGCGGUCCAACCACGAACGUUGGUGGACUGAAGCGGCCGGGGGGCCCAGGCGGGCCUUCUCGACCUCCGCCGGCUCGUGUUCCGCGGCAGAGCGAUGAGGAUGCGGAAGAUGGCGCCGGGGGGAGUGCCGACUGGGAGGACGGCGAAGGGGAUCCCUGCCCUUCCUGCGGGCGCCUGUACCGCACCGAGGAGUUCUGGAUCGCCUGCGACUUUUGCGACACCUGGUACUGCGGGCGGUGCGCAAAAAUGACAGAAAAGAAAGCAUCGCAGAUGAAGCAAUGGCGUUGCAAUCAGUGCAUAGGUGUCCAAUAGUUUGGGCAAGUGUGCGAAGGUUGACCGGAGCAAAGGAACUGAGUGGUUAGCGGGCAAACAGGGACAACGGCGCUACAGAUGCCUUCCGGGGUGUAGCACGAUUGCUAGCGGUAUGAGUCCCGUCCGUCUGUUAGGCAGGUUGCGGGCUUCCCCAAGGCAAGUCGUUGCUGAUUGACUGGCGCUUGCUAGCUUGGACCUUCCGUACGGCUCCUCGGCCUCAACUGCCGUGCGCUUGCUAUGGCCAGGCCCUGCAACCGCUGUAUACAUGACGAUGCGCCUAUUGACUUUGUGAGCGCAGCUGUAUUUCAUACACAUUUGACACUUUGGACUUUGUGGCCUUACAGUGGGAUCAAAACAGACGUGCUAAACCGGUGUGCAUGGAAGAUGUGGAGUGGGCCUUCAUGGGCCGAGCACAGAGAGUAGCCAACCGCUUUGAGCGUUAAAUAAACUGUACGAACUUUAUGGACGCUGAUGCGGGUUCGAUGUGAGUUUUGCGUGCAUACACGUGGGUGCCUGACAUACGGUGAAUGUUAUCUGAUUAACUUUCAUGGUGGAUGCUGUCGUGUCGUGCGAUGUGUGGACCGUGCGUUGUUUGCCUCCGGGCGCCUACGUUUUGCACGUUAUGAUAGAUAGCGUCACGGGUACAAUGUGCCGAUGCAUCGUGUCUGCGCUUCGCUCCUCCGAAACCGUUUACUACGUAUACGUUUUCUUCGUUUCGAGCUACGGGGACCGCCAAAUAACACACUGGUAAAAGCUUUCCAUACA